UGGGUCGCCCGAAGACCGCACCGACCCGAGACAAAUGAACGAAUUAACUUUUUCCGCGUCCAAGACAGGGCAUAGUGACACAAAAAAGUGCAGUGAUGAACCAUUUGAACGCGAUAGAAUGAAGUUAUCGUUCUACACCGAACUUGCGAGUGAAUCGUGUGAGAAAAGUGAUUCUCGCGGCGUGGCCGCUAAUCGUUCCGCCGCGGCCGCUUCGGCGGGCUCCCGAAAAUCGUGCGAGGCGGGCAUCAAGGACGGUGAAGAAAGGAAGAAGCGAUGCUUCGACAGAUACGACAGCUCCGAGUCUUCUGACAGUGGAGUGGCGGUGCUGAGUCCAUUAGAAAGCAGCGGGUGCAGCGGUAGCGAUAUCACCGAGCCGCGCUCGCCGCGUAGCCCGGAGUCGGGCUGCAGCACCGGCUCCGAGAGCACGAACAGCAGCAACAGCAGCGGCGGAGCGCGUAUGCCGCCGUGGGUGAGCGAGCCGGCGCCGCCGCCGCGCCGCUUAGCGGCCCAGCCCGCGCCUGUGCGCCGCCCCAACCCACCGCACCAUCGGCGCACUAUCACAUCCUACUUCAAUCACAAAAUGAAGCCCCAGAACGGCAUCAAACGCGAAUCAUCCGCAGCCAUAAACGAUGACACCAAGAGAAAGUGCCUUCCUAAAAAUGGCGUUACCCAUGACUUGGAGGAGUACAUCUCUCUAUUGUCGCGAACUCUCAGUCAUAAAGUUAUGCUUGAGGUCGGGGCGCAGGCAGAAGCCAUGAAUCGUAAAAGCACAACCACUACCAGCUCGAAACUGUCCGAUUUCAAUAAAGAUACAUCCAUCGUUAACGGAGUUGAUUUGAGUAAAAUUAUGGACAGCAAAGAAAAGUUACCCAAGGCCGGGAAUGGUUUAGUAGAAAUUCGGCACACAACCGAAACUUUAGUAAAAGAUAAACAUAAUGGUAUUUUGAACGGGCUGGUGGACGGUAAGAAACAAUGCCUUGAUGCCAAGAAAAAGUUCGACCCAUCCGCCAACGCUAGAGUAAAAGUUAAUAACCAAGACUCCACUGGCCGGAAAGUACCCAUACCUGCGUGUUUCAAUGAUUUCAACUCAAUCCGAAUCGCUCCUGCUACAUCUGCCCACCAAACAUCUAGAAAGGUAAUUGCUACUAAACCCGACUCUACUCGAAUGAAUGGUAUAGUAAGCUCUACGACUAAAUUAGACAGCAGAAUGAACGGAGUGACGUGUGGCUCGAACAAUUUAAGUUUAAUUGUUACUAAACCACCGAAAAAGGAAGCUCCGAAAAAGAUAGUGCCUACGCAAACUAUCAAAAAGACAAAUCGUAAAUCCUCUGCUUGCAUAGCCAACAGCAAAAACUUAACGUGGUCUAAGGCGAACAAUCUUAAACAGCAAGUGCAACAACAGCAACAAACUUGUGCCAACGCUACCAAAGGAUCGCCUUUGAAAAAUAUUCUCGCGGAGACCAGUUCAGCGCCAAAGAUGAAUAUUCCAAACGGAGUUCGACAAAUUCCGAUGACUACAGUAAACGGCAGCCUCAACCAUUUGAAUGUACCUGUUCCUAAUUUACAAAACUGUCAUCAUAUUAACUUAGCGCAGCCUUGUAAUGGCACCGUUACGCCUACAAACCUUCAGUCGUUCGUGGCUGUUCCCCCAAAUGUAAUGCUCACUACUUUAAGAAUACCGCAAAACGGUAUACAACCUCAACCUAUUACUCAACAAAACAAUAUAAACGCUUUCAACAGGUCAAAUGUCAAUGUGACAAGUCCGACAAAAUUAAAUGGUCAAUUUGUGUUUCCUUUAAUGCAGAAUUUAAAUGGAGCAGUUGUCCAAAUCCCUAAUUUAAUGGCAAAAAUGUCGAACUUCGUUCUUCCUCAGUCACCGCAACGACAGGAUCAUUUGCAAAAUCAGCAAGCGGCGCAGAUCCUUAUAAACGGCACGCUACUGAAACUGGCUAAUACGAUGACUUCCACUUACACAAAUAUGAACAAACCAGCAACGCCGACGAGUCAGCCCAUUCCUUUAGUAAAUAAAAGUGUGGGAGGCUUACCAACGAUGGGUAUGACGAUGUCAAAACCUAGUUAUACCGUGAACUACAGUCAUCCUGUAUUAGUACCACAACCUGGUUUUAUCGUAACAUCGGUGCCAAAUAUCAACGUGAAAGAAACUUGGAGCUACACAAGUACCAAUACCGUAUCGUCUUCGCAGACUUCGUGCUCGAAUCCUAUAGUUCAUCAUCCUCCGCCUAUAAUGACGCAUUUCAGCAAUCAAACGCUACAUUCAAGUAGUAUUCCCAUAGCGCCAGUCAAGCCACCAGACAACCCGAUUCAAGGAACGGAUCCACCGAGCAGUACCGUUAAGGAACCAGAACCGAUCGAAUCUUCGAUUCAAAAGUGUGACUUUCCAUGGCUGUCGAAAACGGUUAAUAAUAAUAUCGUCCCGCUAGAUUCUAAAUUGCCACCGAGGCCUUUUGCGCAAGUUAGUAGUUUAUCGGAAAAAAUCGAAGAACUGAAAGUAAAAGCGGAGAGCAAAGCGAACGAGGAAAAAGUUGAGGAAACCCGGAAGGACAUUAAGAAGGAACUGAGAAAGGUAGAGGAAGUCGCGCGGAGGGAAGACACAAUCUUCACUCAAAUUACCGUUCUAAAGGACGUGACGUCGAACGUCCAGAGUACUGUGAUAGAAGCGACUUUCUGCAAUGCUACUACUGAGUCUUCCGAGUCAGGGAUUGGUACGGACAAGUCGAUCGAUUCGCCGAGCGAUUCUCAGACGAGUAAAGAAUGUGAUGAGGAUUCGACGUUGUCCUUGAGUGUGAGUGUGAGUUCUGAAGAAGUAGUGUGCAGUCAGAAGAGUCCCAUUUUGAAGCAGCCGAAGACUUUGCGCUUCCCUCCGCGGAUCUUGACUAAGCCUGGCAGCAAACGAACUUCGAGCACAGACACCACCACUGUGACUGUGUGCAUGUGGGAAAACUGCAAGCGAGAGUUCGAUAGUGAUGCGGAUCUUUUAGAACAUUUACAGGCGACACACGUAGAAACGCAAGCCGGCAAGGAAAACUACGUGUGCCUCUGGGAAGCAUGCAAAGUUCGUGGCAAGCCUUCCUGCUCACGACUGUGGCUGGAGCGUCAUGCGCUAUCCCAUGGCGGCAACAAACCUUUCAAGUGCAUUGUCGACGGCUGCGAACGCCGGUUCUCCACCCAGACUCUUCUAGAACGUCACGUGAAUAAUCACUUCAACGAGGCGUCGCCCAAUACAAGCAAUGGCAAGAAGACUUCAGAGGGCAGUGCGAAGCUCAUCAGACGAAAUGGAAAGAAACUACGGUAUCGCCGGCAGCCUUGGUCUGCGCGCAUGUUCGACUUCUUCGACGCGGGUACUAUGGAGGGGCUGGCAUGGCGUCUGUCACGCAGCACGCGCUGGCGACUCGGCGGCUCCUGCCCACUGCGAGAGCCCCCUGGCCGACACACUCUUACCCUCCACGCGGCCCUUGCUGCGACUAGAUACAAUGCGCAGGAGCGCCGACGGGAGGCACUGCUGACGUACUAUCCGCCUAAUGUAAUCGAGGAUGAAUGGGUGCCUGAGAAGGACGUGAAGCGGAUCAAGCGGGUGGAGAUCGCCGAGCUGCCAGCAGCGACGAAGGUGGUGCUAUACGAACAGUUUUGCGCUUCAUACCGCAACACGCCAUCGCCGCCACCAGUGAAAAAACCAGCUCCAACCCCUCAAGUACCAGCUCGCCUAUUGCCAGCCAGACACUGCACGUCUUCCCGCUUGCUCAAUAACCUGCUCGCCAAGAAAAAGGCAGAACGUUCCAGCUGCAGCGCUACUGACCUUCCAAUCAUCUAUAAAGAAGACGAGAACAAAGUAGAAGUCUCCGGUGCCAGGAAACGCAAGAUGGGACGUAGACACGGAGGGAACUCAUUCUGGCCUUGCGGACGAUAAGUAAGAGGCCGGUUAGAACUAUUGCUCAAACUGUCGAAUGCGUUCUAACAAAUCUCGAAUCGACCUUCGCUAGAGAAAAUAAUGUGAACGGUGAGGCAGAUGUUGAUUCUUCGAACGGCUGCUACGGAUCGCCAAAGACGGCUCAAGACUGCUAGUUUCGACGUUUCGCCAAGACAACUGUCUUUCGUAGUUUCGGCGUAAUGUUCAAUUUAAUUAAAGACCCUGCGAAUGUAAUAUAGAAGCUUACGUCCUUGAUUUUAAAGUUUUGUUUUCUGAUUUCGAGUAGUCAGUUUAAUACGUGUAAGUUCGAUGUGAGGCUUAUUUACACCUUGUGAAUUAAGUAGCCGAUUUAAGCUACUGUAUUAUGGUCGUAUGGUAUAAAAGUGUACGUAUGUUUACGUAGCAGACGUAAAUUUUAUUCACAAGACUGAUGCUUACUUUUUAUAACGAUAUUCGUCGUUUCGAAUUGAUAGAUCGACGUGUUCGGAGCCGAACAAACAUGUAAAUAGUUAGUGAUGUUGUAAAUUGGAGUAUUCGUGUAUUAUAGGUGAUUUAUGAAUAAGUUUAAGACGAAGUAGUCUGAAUAUUUUAAGUUUGUUAGGUUGUAAGGGUGAACGACCAGCGAUUCGCAACACUGCCAAGUGUACAUAACUUGUAGAGUAGGAGAUGAGAUGGUUAAGUUUAGGGUUUGCGUUCGUCGCUUCGAUUGUGGAUUUGUUGACUCCGGUACGGAUUUGACUUGACGGUUUUAGUUAUCCUCGUAUUAUUUACGGAAAUAGGUAUAGUGAUGUAAAUUAAUAACAUCAAUUUAAAUAACAUUUUCUUGAGAGAAACAAUACCUAUCGCAGGAGCGGAUUCGGCCUGCGGUGUCGAUUUUUUAUUCUAGAUUCAUAGUAAACGAUUUCUUUUUAAGAAUUGAUAACAAAAACACUUAUCGCGGCCAUUUUAAAAAAUGGCGGAGAAUAAUUAUGGCUCGAAAUUAUUUAGUGCAGCAGUAAUUACUCCCUAUUUAACUAAUAUACACUUUUAACAUCAACUUGUAUUUUUACUGUUGGUAUCAAAAAUAAAUGUAAUAAACGACUUAAAAUGAUUAUUCAAAACUGACGGUGUUGUGUUUCAGUCGAAUGGACGCAACGUUUGAUCACAGCAAUUCAAUUACAAAGCCAAGAUUCCACAGCCUGUAAAUAGCAAGCGAGCAUAAUUCCAAAGGGCCUUUACCGUACCGCGCAUCGCCGCGGCCUGCGGCGUCAUUAUGUGUGAUCGUGAUUGCACGGGGCUUCACAGCGCGUUUAAAGUUGUUCAUCCAAAAAGUGCCUACAGCUACGUUACAGUACAGAUAUAAGCAAUUACACUAAUGACGUUUGAGAUGCUGCCAUACAAUUUUUGAAUAUUUAAUGAUAAAUUAUCAUUUUAUCAUUGAUAAUUAAUCUAUUUGAAUGAAUGUAUGUAUAAUACUGUUGUGUUGCAAUUUGUUCGUCUCUUUUAUUUUUAAAUCGUCUUAUGCAACGUCCAAUACUAGUGUGUUAUAAGCGGCAAGCAUGACGGUGUAGCCCGGCAGCGGCUGUUUCAGCGUGAAUUUGCUCUUUAAAUAAGUACUUUAUUCUAUAUUACUCCUUUGACAACCUUUUAACGCUUAUUAAAUACAAUCAAAGAGAUGUCGCGAAGCAGAGAAGAUUGUGCUGUUGUCUUCCAUUAUACAUAUAUUUCGUCUAUAUACAUUACAAUGUAUAUGUUAAAUUCUUAAAUUUAAUGAAAAUGUUUCUACACGUCCGUCUCUACCUUCCAACUUGUCAGAGGAUUUAUUUUUAUAUAAAGUUUAUCAGCUGUUUAUAUCUGUACUGUGGCUUAUCUACCACCGACUGUAGUGUUCACUUAUAUCAAUCAGAUUGUAACGUUACGCGUAGUCAUAUCAGAACUAAUAAUUUGUAAUUGUAGGAAGUAUUCGUGAAGCAAUUUGACGACGCUUUAUGGAAUCAACAACUGUCUGCUUUACCUCGAACAAUGUAGUCACUGCCUUACAGUGUUGUGUUCAGGAAUCUGUUGACGUUAACGGAAACUGAUCGAAUGCGUUUCAUAUUUCAGAUUCGAAGGAAAAAUGUUCGAGAAUUAUUAUUUAUGUUUCAAUGGAAAUUUUUUAAUUUUUGUUGUUUUUUUAUUAUUUUCAAUCAGAUUGUGACGACGGCAUUCAAAAAAGGUGCCUCAAUUAAUCGACGAUGUUAAUGUUAGCAAUAAUGGUUUGUGAUAUGAUAAUGCGGUUCAUUUCCACGCACAACGUCUUUAAAUAUUUUUGUUUUAAUAUUGAUGGUAAUCAUAAUAAAUGUUAAAUGUUUCGAUUCAAUUUUAAAUGUGGUUUAAGUAGCCAAUUUUGAUUAUUUUUUACCAAUCGAACUUGAUUUAUGUGCUUUUAUUUUAUAUAUAACGAAGGUUCCAAUCCGGAUUCUAUAAUUUUAAUUACUGACAUUAAUAAUACAGUAAUGCAACAAUAUGCCAAUGAUUUUGAUGUCCAUUAGUUAUUGAAUUUUUUGAUGUACAUGGUCAAGAGAACGUUACACUUGACACUUAAACUUCAUACCGCUUGAUAUAAGAACGGUCAAACGUACAAAGCGUUAAAGUUUGACGUGCUCUUGACUCUACCUAUCUAGACAUGUUCAGAUAAAUGCCUUUUUAGCCAUAAGGGUAUUUUACAUGAUAAAGAAAAUUGUGUUCUGUGCUCACACGAUCUCGCUAGUGUUUUUAGUUAGUGCCUAUAGUGUUAAGUUAGAAUGAAUUGUGUGUAACGUGGUGUAACUUAAUUUUUUGUAAAACACCAUGGAUUCAGAGUUUUGCUAAUCGACGUAAGGUAUAUAGACAGGAAUGGAGAUUUUUAGUAUCAUUUGUAGAUUAUCGGGUCCUAGUCUAAUAUUGAGAAUUGAAAUGUAAAUUGUACGUAUAGAGGGAGCCUUAGGCAAGACUUUAAGGUACGCGCAAAUUAGGACACACGCGAACUAUUAGGAGAACGCCAUGUAGAGAAGUACGAGGUGACCUUAACUUGCAAUGUGACGUCAGUAAGUUGUCCUCAACGUUACACAACGUAGGGCGUCCUCAGUGCAAUUAGGUGCGGACCCAAAGAAAUUUAAUAGGAAAAUUUCUUGUAGUCAAGUUGGUGCCUGAAUGACGGUAUGUUAAAGGAUCGUAAGCUUUUUUACACCUAGACUUCUUUUGGAUACUUUCCAAUGUACUGAUUAUUAUUUUUAAUAAAUUAAAAAACAAAUUAGAUUAAUUAUUUUCAGCACUGAUUAUAGUGCCAUAUUUUAUUGGCUCGCUUGUUUUUAUAAAUUAAUUUUCGAUAGUGAAAUUCGACACCAAAAUCAGAAAGACAAAUUUUUGUUUUUAUUCGAUGAACAAAAUGGACUUGUUUGAAAUGAUCUCAAAUUAAUCGGCAGUAGAUUUGAUGGAUUUUAUUAACAGUAUGUUUGGAGAGUCAUUGCGUUACUUCUUAGAUGGCUUAUUUAAUGUAAAGUCUCUAAAAUAAUUCUAAUAUGGUAUUUUAAUUCGGUUGUUAUUUCGUACAGCAAUACAGGCCUACGUAAGUUGGGAGUACAAAUUUAUUUUUGCUAAGUAAUGGCGCGAUGAAUUGUAAUUGUUGGCAAAGUAAGAAAUCUACGAAACUAUCUCCGUACUAGAAUUAGGUGUUCGAUAGUUAGGCAGAGACAUAUUUUGUGAAAGCCUUAUUCAAACGAGGCACUAAAUUGAAAACAUUGAUAUACAUUAAUUCGUAAGCGUAAAAAGAACAAUAUAUUUUUAUCACUGCCACAAUAGUCAUAAUGUUGUGUCGAAUGUUUAGUAGAUUUUGCAUGUUAGUGGGACGUGUGUAAUUUGCUCAUAGAUUCAGUUUCACUAACUCGUAUGCAAAAUCGUUUCGGGAAAUGAGAAGUAUGUUAAGUGGGGAACAAUUUUUGUCGCCAAUGAUUUUCCUAAAGCCAUUAAGACUGGAAGUGUAUCAGCGAAAUAAUGGGGUAAUUUUCAGGUUAAUUUUCUCUUUCUAAUUGUGGUGGUAAUUUUUGUUAUUUAUAUAUUUGAGUGUAUUAUCAUGAAAUAUUAAAUGAUAUUACAAGUUAUUACACUCGAAUAUUAAAUAAUGCUUCAUGAUAAUAUUUUACAUUCUUCAAAUAAUAAACAUUGCCACCAAAAUUAGGUGGAGAAAUUUAACCCCAAAAUUACCCUAUGACUCAAUGAGAGUUUUCAAGCCGUUGAUUGAUUCCAGGCUAUGGUGGACGUUUCAUCCGCAUUUGUUAUUCUGCGGUGCAACCACUGUUGAUGAUUGUAAAGGCGUGAAACAUAUUACAGCCGAGGCAAACGCGCUAGGUUUACUCCACGCUGGAAAGGCGCUUUUCCAUCAUGCAAGUACGUGCGAAACACACUGACAUGUUAGUGCAAUUUAAAUUGCUCGCUGGCUACUUGCAUAAUGAAAACUCGCAAGGAUGUUAGGUCAUCAGAAAGACAACGUUGUUGUUGUGGCGUUUAUAGUCGAAAUUGAGACUUUAAAUGUUAGAAAAUUAGCACUUUUACAAUUCGCAACACAGCUUUGUUUAUCUGACUUAGAACGAAUGUAAAUAGUUAAGUAUUUAUAAUUAAGUAAUCCUCUGCACUUAUAAGGCGAUCUGUACCUUAUGAAAAUGGAGUCUAUUGUAUUUCAUUCGUAAUGUAAAUUAAAGUGUUUCAUAAGGUUUGAGGUUGACUUGUAUCUGUAAUUUGCUUCGCGCCUGAUCGGGCAAAGAUGAGGCGGCGGUUACAAGGCCUUACGGCCUUGACCGCGGGGUAGAUUUAGUGGUAGUGUUCGCAAGUUGUCUUUCAACUGGUUUCCUAUAUUAUGCGUUUAUUAUAUGAUGUUCUCCUUUAUUGUAAAUGUUUGAUCCAUAGUUUGGAGCGUACGCUUCGAUAAUAGUGUGCACUACUUUAUAUUCAAUUUGUAGAUAUUUUAAUUAUUAUAUAGUAUAAUGUUUAAUGCGUUGUCUCAUUUUGCUUUGUCCCACGGCGGAAUCCGGAAAACUAUUAUAAUUUGACCCGAAAGGGGUGAUCUACCUCAGUUUUUUUUAUUUAUCACACAUUUUUGGGCAUAAUAGUAGUGAUUGUUAAUUUUAAUAUCUCGAUUGGAAUUCGUUCAAUGUAGUGAUUAUUAAGAUUUUUUGAAUAGAAUGGUUUGUCCACCUGUCGCAAGUACUGUAUCUUAUAUUAAAUACAUAUUGUAUG